AUGGCCUUCAUGCAUGAUGACGUGAUAGAGUACUCGGAGAAUUGUGAGACAGUCGUUGACGGCAUCUUGUCCAACUGGCCUGACGACUUACUCGAUAAGAAUGCUUUGAAGAUUUUUAAAGUUCCCGCAUUUGAAGAGCUUGCGAAUGAGAUCAUAGGUGAGGACAAACUGCUUGGAGAAGAGUUGUUGAAGGGCUUUAUCAUAUGGGUGCAACACACCCACAGUUAUAACCAAAUCAGGAGAACCGACUUCAACUUUGGUUGUCUGGAGGAUUAUCUCGUCUAUCGUUGCAGAGAUGUCGGCAUUGAAUUCGCUCUCGGAAUGAUCAAAUUCGGCUACGAUGCCAAUGUACCGGUCUCGCACACAUACAUACUGAGUAAUUUGAUUCACCUAUACAACCUACACAUGGGUCUUGUGAAUGACCUCUACUCGUUUGACAAAGAAAAGCGAGACGAGACAAAUGGGGCAGUCAUGAUCAAUGCAGUCGAUGUUCUACAAAGAUCUCGCAAAAUUCCGCUUGAAGAGGCUAAAGGUUUGAUCCGAAAGAUGAUAUGGCAGCUCGAGAUUCAGAUGCAUGAAGAAAGCGUUUCUAUUGAAAGAUUUGGUAUUUUGACCCAGGACCAGCACAGGCUUGUUCGUGGACUCAUGGAAUCUGCGGCGGGCAACAUAUUUUAUUCGGCAGUUCAAAAGCGGUAUGGGGGAGAGUUGGCUGCCCUGCAUUGA